GACUGUCAGGACUUUGCUCCGCCCUGUCGUCUUUAUUAAUCAUUCACUCCCUUGAAGGCGACCUUCCUCAAUGAGAGUCUGAAAAAUAACUUAUCAAAGAUCUGCUGCAGCCUUCAACAGCUCUGUUUUUAAUCUCCGUAUGGCCCUGGAUUUAGCACACUGCCUUCACACUGACCUUUCAUCCUUCACAAACAGCAUCUUCUUCCUUACAAACCAGAACUACCAGCUCCUCUGGAUCCCGAGGUUGUCAUCCUGAGGUCUGUCCACCACUGCUGGAUCUCCAGUUGGAGUCGAAUGGUUAAUGGCCAUGGCAAACAGUAAUCAGCAGUCACCAUCCUCCUCUCCUCAUGAUGAUGUCAACCUGGGACCUUCAGCAAACCCACAUGCCAGGCCCACUGACUUUGACUUCUUGGCUGUCAUUGGCAAGGGGACAUUUGGAAAGGUCCUGCUUGCCAAGCUCAAAGCAGACAACAAAUUCUACGCCGUGAAGGUGCUGCAGAAGAAAGUAAUCCUGAAGAAAAAAGAGCAAAAGAACAUUAUGGCAGAGAGAAAUGUGCUGCUGAAGAGUCUGAAACAUCCAUUUCUGGUUUGUCUUCACUAUUCCUUCCAGACCCCAGAGAAGCUCUACUUUGUCCUGGACUAUGUGAAUGGAGGAGAGUUGUUCUUUCACCUGCAAAGAGAGAGGUGCUUCUCUGAGCCAAGGGCAAGGUUCUAUGCAGCCGAGGUUGCAAGUGCUAUUGGCUAUCUUCACUCUCUCAACAUAAUUUACAGAGAUCUUAAGCCAGAGAAUAUUCUCCUAGACUGUCAGGGCCAUGUGGUGUUGACAGAUUUUGGGCUUUGUAAAGAAGGCAUAGAGGCUGAAGGAACCACUACUACUUUCUGUGGGACUCCAGAGUACCUGGCACCAGAAAUUCUUCGUAAGGAACCAUAUGACAGGACAGUGGACUGGUGGUGUCUGGGAGCAGUGCUUUAUGAGAUGAUCUACAGCCUGCCUCCUUUCUACAGCCGAGACGUGAGUGAAAUGUAUGAUGGGAUCCUGCACAAACCACUGUCCAUGCCCCCAGGGAAGUCCGAUGCUGUCUGCUCUCUGCUGACAGGUCUUCUGCAGAAAGACCAGCACAGACGCCUCGGGGCCAUCGCCGACUUUUUGGAAAUCAAGCACCACACGUUUUUCAAUCCCAUUAACUGGGACGACCUUUACUUCAAGAGAACCACUCCUCCUUACAACCCUAAUGUGAGAGGCCCAGCUGACACUCAGCAUAUUGAUCCAGAGUUCACAAGAGAAAUGGUUCCUAACUCGGUGAGCCGGACCCCUGAGCUGAAUGCUGGAACCAGCUUCAACAAUGCCUUCAAUGGGUUCUCAUUUGUCGCCACUGAGGACAGCUUCCUGUGAGGCAGCACUGGGACAGUACUUCCUAAAGUUUGUGAUGAUCUUCCAUUGGCUGAAGAUGCUAGAGACUGCUCCAUCAUUCAACCCAAAUUCCUCGCUUGCUCCCCUCUGUUUGUGUGUGUGUGUCUUUUUGUGUGUGUGUGUGUGUGUGUGUGUGUGUGUGUGUGUGUGUGUGUGUGUGUGUUUGUCAUUCAGUGUCCAUGUUUUGCCCUGUCUCCUUCUCCUUAGUUUUAUUUGUAAUGACAGAAAUCGUUGGUCUCUGAUUUUGGUCUCCAUGUAACAAUGACCACAUAUUUAUCUUUCUUUUGGUUGUCAUGAUUUCUGUGUCUGCCAUUUUUGUAGUCUGCAAUGUGGUCACUAAGCAUGUACUUAAUCAGACAUGUGUCUUGUGUCUUCUCUUUUUUAUCUUUGUUAUGUUCUUCCAAGUUUUAUCCUUUUAGUACCAUAUUGAGAGGGCUCUCAUAGUAGAUGUUGCUAUUGCCUAUGCCUUUGGGAGCAAUUUGGGGUUCAUUGCCAACAAAGUGGACACUUUAACAAGUUAAGAUUAGGGGCAUGGUAAUGAAACUGCAUUUCCAUCUAGCAGAUGAUGGCUGCUGUACCUCUGAGAUGUUGCUUUAAGGUAAUUAAGGUUAUUCCAGCCAAGCUUUUGUUUUUUAUUUCUAAUUUAUGAUCAUCACCAACUGAUAAAAGGAAGAGUUAAAUCAGAGCAAUACCAUUUAUGGGAUUAGGUUUGUGUAGAGUGUGUGUAGGGGACUAAAGUAGUUACAAAGUCUAACAUUUGCAUAUUCAUUACCUGUGGAUUCAUCAGCAGGAUUUCUUCUCUCGGCAAGAUUUCAUUAUAAGAAAUGAAAUGAAACUUCUGCAUGUAAAAUUGCUGUUUGAUGUUUAUUCUAAGCUACUAAAAUCCUAUAAACCAAAAGCUUCAUACAGAUGUAUUAUAUGUUGAAACUGAAUAUUAAAUA